AUGGCGUAGUGACGUCAUUUCCGUUUGAGACGAAAACUUAACGUAAUUCGCUAACACGUUUUCGCCUAUAAUACCAUUCCUUUAGGCUUGGCGCCUUCGUCAAAUGCAGUGAGCGUCGGUGUACGUAAAAUGGCGGACGGUGACAUUGAUUUGUACGCCGACGAUCUCGAGCAAGAUUUCGCGCAGGAUGAGUUUGCUGGUGAUGGUGUUGAUUUAUAUGAUGACGUGAUAGCAGCUCCUGCUGGUGGUAAUGGCGGUGUUUCUGCAGGAAAUAGUGGAGAUGGUGGAGGUGAUACUACUUCACCUAAUGAAGAAACAAAUGGUAGUGCACCUUACCAUCAACUUGGAAAUAACAUCCAGCCAAAUCAAAUUGGAAGACGUCAUCAAUUAUACGUUGGAAAUUUGACUUGGUGGACAAGUGACCAAGAUAUAACUGAUGCAGUACAAAGUAUUGGUGUAUCAGAUUUUGUUGAAGUAAAAUUCUUUGAAAAUCGAGCCAAUGGACAAUCUAAGGGUUUCUGUGUAAUAUCUUUGGGUUCAGAACAAAGCAUGAGAAUAUGUAUGGAAAGAUUACCUAAAAAAGAAUUACAUGGACAGAAUCCAGUAGUAACAUUUCCCACUAAACAAGCAUUAAAUCAAUUUGAGUCUCAGUGUAAGACACGUCCAGCUCCGGCUCCUCAACAAAGUCAGAGUCAACGCCCCCAUAAUCCACAUCAACAUCAGCCACCAAUGCCACCUCAUCAGCAGCAUCCACAACAUCCUCAACAUCCUCAACAUUCGCAACAAAAUCAUGGUCCUAGAAUGAUGAUGGGUCCUCCACAGGGUGUGAGACCACAAAGAAUGCCACCUCCAGGCAUGGGUCCACCAGGUCCAGGUGGACCUGGUCAACAAGGUCCACCUCGUAUGCAUGGUCCACCAAUGGGUCCAGGACCUGGACCACAUCAUCCUUUACCUGGACAUCCUAAUCAAGGUCCACCACCUCCUGGUUAUCAGCAAGGACCAUGGAAUGGACCAAGACCUAAUGGUCCACCUGGACCACCAAGAGGUCCAAAUGGACCUGGCGGUCCACCUCAGCAAGGACCUCCAGGACCAGGUCCUGGUCAACAUCGACCUCCUGGAAUGAUUGAAAUAGAAUCUUCGUUUGUCUCCAUUCGACAAUUUCAUGGUGGUCCACCUGGUCCGCCUGGUCAAGGACCUCCACGUGGUCCACCUGGACAUCCUGGUGGACCUCCAGGUGAUCCAAGAGGUGCUAAACCACGUCCCGAAUGGAAUAGACCACCAGGAAUGCAUCAUGGGCCUCAGGGACCACCAGGUUUCCCUCAACAUCAACAUAUGCAAGGCCCUCAACCUGGUCAAGGCCCACCACAGAGAGGACCUCCUCCAGGUUCUAUGGGUGGAAUGUUACCAGGUCCAGGAGGACCACCACCUGGUCAUGGAGGUCCACCUCAAGGACCACCACAAGGACCUCCAGGAGGACCUGCACCACAUGUGAAUCCAGCAUUUUUCCCACAAGGACCACCUCAUCAACAUCCAGGGCAACAUCCACCAGGCCCUCCUGGUCCACCUCAUGGUCCACCUCAUGGUCCGCCACAUGGUCCACCUCAUGGUCCACCACAUGGUCCACCUCAUGGUCAACCACAUGGUCCACCCCAUGUGCCUCCUCAUGGUUAUGGACCACCUGCAGCACAGCCACCUUAUGGCGCACCAGGACCUGAUCAUCGUCCAGAAGGUCCUCCUCCUCUCACAGAACAAGAAUUUGAAGAAAUUAUGGGUAGAAAUAGAACUGUUUCUUCUUCUGCAAUUGCUCGAGCAGUAUCUGAUGCUGCAGCAGGAGAAUAUGCAAGCGCUAUAGAGACCUUAGUUACAGCUAUCUUAAUAAAACAAUCCAAAGUUGCUGCAGAUGAUAGAUGUAAAAUAUUGAUAAGUUCUCUUCAAGAUACUUUACGUGGUGUCGAGACCAAGAGUUAUGGAUCCGCACGUAGGGAACGAUCACGUUCACGUGAUAGAGAACGCAGUCACAGAAGAAGACGUGAGAGAUCAAGGAGCCGUGACAGAGAAUACAGAGAAAGAAGCAGGGAUAGAGAUAGAGAACGUGAUAGAGAACGUGAUCGUGAAAGAGAAAGAGAUCGUGAUCGUGACAGAGAACGUUAUUACAGUGAACCAUAUCCACGGGAGAGAUCACGAAGCAGAGAGAGAGAUCGUGAACGUGAAAGAGAUCGCGAAUAUAGAGAACGAAGCAGAGAAGAAAGUACGACACGUCAGUCAGCCAGGCCAAGAGUAAAAGAAGAACCGCCAGAGACGGCUCCCGUCUCGUCUUCCAAGGCGUCUAGGUAUUAUGACGAUCGCUACAGAGAGCGUGAACGAGACAGAGAUCGAGAACGAGAAUCGAGCCGGAGACCAUCAGAGAGAGAACGAGAACCGGAACGUGAACGAGAACGAGAACGAGAAAGAGAUCGUCGCGACGAACGUGGAGAUUCUUCGCAUCGUUCGAGGCAUUAAAAGUGAUUGCACGCUAAAGAAAAAGGAAUUUUCUUAAAAAUCAAAUAUAAUAGAGGAUACAGU